UGCCGGCUAUAAUAAUUGCUCGUCUUUUGAUUUCCCAAACCACACGAUGGAGCCAAAAACCACCCCAUUACCUCAUCACCUCUUCACCAGCUCACCUCCUCACCAGUAAUCAAAGUAGCAAAGAACCAGCUAGAGCAAAGCAACACCGGAAAGCAUCUCCACCACCAUCUCACCCAACAUGGCUGGCAUGGUGUUUAGCAGCUCAAUACCAUAUGACACCUUUCCCAACUCGUGCCUGGUCAAGGAGCAACAGGCCACCAUCGACUUCUCGCCUGCCGGCCUCUACACACCCUUGGUGGACUUUGGCACUCUAGAUUUUACCGCAGAAUCGGUAACCUCACCUGAGCUGAAAUCGCCCUUGUCUCCAGUCUCGCCCAGCUCGCUGCUGCUGCCCACGGCAAAUUCGGAAGAGACCGACUGGACCUCACCUUUUGGCUCUCUUUCGUCCCCAGUCGUCGCGCUGCCGCCCAGGAAGACCGCGCACAACAUGAUCGAGAAGCGGUACCGCAAUAACCUGAACGACAAAAUCUCGGCGCUACGCGACGCCGUGCCUGCCCUGCGCGUUAUGGUGCACCGGCUCAAGGCCUACAACGCGAACGCGGCGACGGACGACGACGACGACGACGUGGACGCCGUUGCCUGCAUCAGCGCCCAACGCACCACGGUGCAGGAUAUCGAGGAGGACCUCGGCGGCCUCGUCCCGGCCCACAACCUAAACAAGGCCACCAUCUUUAGCAAGGCCACCGAGUACAUUACCCACCUGGAGCGGGAGAACAGGGCCUUGGCGCGGGAUAACCAGAGUCUCCGGAGCAAGGUCGAGGGCUUCGAGACGCAGAGAUGGACAUGAUGAACGGCGCUGCUCGAAGCGUGAGGUGAUAAUGAGCUCUUUGCUACUGUUUUAUGUCGACUUUUCUUCCUUAUUUUUCUCUUUUCUGCUACGAAGCAUAUAGGGAAAUGGGUUAGGCGCUGUUUGGCAAAUCGCGUAAUUUGGUUUGUUUUCCUAGAGCAACUCUUUCUCGUAACGAAGAUACCAUUGGGCCAACGACGGCUUUGCGA